AAGAGGGAGAGGAAAAGCUCCAGAAUGGCAGAAGACGAUCCAUACAUGGUAGGGCACGAACGAAUGUUUCACCUGGAUCCAUUGAACCAUACAAUGUUUAAUCCAGAAUUAUUUCAACCAGAAAUGCCACUGCCAACAGCAGAUGGCCCAUACCUUCAAAUAUUAGAGCAACCUAAACAGAGAGGAUUUCGUUUCCGUUAUGUAUGUGAAGGACCAUCCCACGGUGGGCUUCCUGGUGCAUCUAGCGAAAAGAACAAGAAAUCCUACCCUCAGGUCAAAAUCUGCAACUACGUGGGGCCUGCAAAGGUUAUAGUCCAGCUGGUCACAAACGGAAAGAGCAUCCACCUGCACGCGCACAGCCUGGUGGGGAAGCACUGUGAGGACGGGAUCUGCACUGUGGCUGCUGGACCCAAGGACAUGGUGGUCGGCUUUGCAAACUUGGGUAUACUUCAUGUGACAAAGAAAAAAGUAUUCGAAACACUGGAAGCACGAAUGACGGAAGCUUGUAUAAGGGGCUAUAACCCUGGACUUUUAGUGCAUCCUGAUCUUGCCUAUUUGCAAGCAGAAGGUGGAGGAGACAGGCAACUUACAGAUGGAGAGAAGGAGAUGAUCCGCCAGGCCGCUCUUCAUCAGACCAAAGAGAUGGACCUCAGCGUGGUCCGGCUCAUGUUUACAGCUUUCCUUCCAGACAGCACCGGCAGCUUCACCAGGCGCCUGGAACCCGUGGUGUCAGAUGCCAUCUACGACAGCAAAGCCCCCAAUGCAUCCAAUUUGAAAAUUGUACGAAUGGACAGGACCGCAGGAUGUGUCACUGGAGGAGAAGAGAUUUAUCUUCUCUGCGACAAGGUUCAGAAAGAUGACAUCCAGAUCCGGUUUUAUGAAGAGGAGGAAAACGGAGGCCUCUGGGAAGGGUUUGGAGACUUUUCUCCCACGGACGUUCAUAGACAGUUUGCCAUUGUCUUCAAAACUCCAAAGUAUAAAGACAUCAACAUUACAAAACCUGCCUCUGUGUUCGUCCAACUUCGAAGGAAAUCUGAUUUGGAAACGAGUGAACCCAAACCUUUUCUCUACUACCCUGAAAUCAAAGAUAAAGAGGAAGUGCAGAGGAAACGGCAGAAGCUCAUGCCCAAUUUUUCGGAUAGUUUCGGUGGUGGUAGCGGUGCUGGAGCUGGAGGUGGAGGCAUGUUUGGUAGUGGCGGUGGAGGAGGGGGCACUGGAAGUACUGGACCAGGAUAUGGCUUCCCGGCCUAUGGAUUCCCUCCAUACAGUGGAAUCACCUUCCAUUCUGGAACCACUAAAUCUAACGCUGGGAUGAAGCACGGACCCAUAGGCACCCCCUCUAAAAAUGGCCAUGAAGGUUGUGAUGAAAAAGAAAAUCUUUCUGGGAAAGUCAUCGAAACCACAGAGCAAGAUAAGGAGUCCAGCAAAGGGACUGCUGGGGUGACGCUGGCGUAUACAGUCGAUGUAAAGGAUGAGAACUGUAGGUUUCAGGACAACCUCUUUCUGGAGAAAGCUAUGCAACUUGCCAAGCGGCACGCCAAUGCCCUUUUUGACUAUGCGGUAACAGGAGACGUGAAGAUGCUGCUGGCUGUCCAGCGCCAUCUUACUGCCGUGCAGGACGAAAAUGGGGACAGCGUCUUACACUUGGCAAUCAUCCACCUGCAUGCUCAGCUCGUGAGGGAUCUGCUCGAAGUCACAGCAGGUUUGGUUUCUGAGGACAUCAUCGACAUGAGAAAUGACCUUUACCAGACGCCCUUGCACUUAGCAGUGAUCACCAAGCAAGAAGAUGUGGUGGAGGACUUAUUGAGGGCUGGGGCUGACCUGAGUCUUCUGGACCGCUUGGGUAACUCUGUUUUACACCUUGCUGCCAAAGAAGGGCAUGAUCAAAUUCUCAGUAUCUUACUCCAGCACCGAAAGGCUGCGCUACUGAUCAACCACCCCAACGGGGAAGGUCUGAACGCCAUUCACCUAGCCAUGAUGAGCAACAGCAUGCCCUGUCUGAGGCUGCUGGUGGCUGCGGGUGCAGAUGUGGACGCUCAGGAGCAGAAGUCCGGGCGCACAGCACUGCACCUGGCUGUGGAGCACGACAACAUCUCCUUGGCGGGCUGCCUGCUCCUGGAGGGUGAUGCCCAGGUCGACAGUACCACCUUUGAUGGAACUACACCCUUGCACAUAGCGGCCGGCAGAGGGUCCACCAGGCUGGCAGCUCUUCUCAAAGCAGCAGGAGCAGACCCUCUUGUGGAGAACUUUGAGCCUCUCUAUGACCUGGAGGACUCGUGGGAAAGGGAUGGAGAGGAUGAAGGGGUCGUGCCCGGAACUACACCUUUAGAUAUGGCUGCCAACUGGCAGGUUUUUGACAUAUUAAAUGGGAAACCAUAUGAGUCAGAGUUUACAUCUGAUGAUUUACUGGCACAAGGAGACAUGAAACAGCUGACCGAAGGUGCAAAGCUGCAGCUCUACAAGUUGCUGGAAAUUCCAGAUCCAGACAAAAACUGGGCCACCUUGGCACAGAAAUUAGGUCUGGGGAUACUUAACAAUGCCUUCCGGCUGAGCCCUGCUCCUUCGAAAACUCUCAUGGAUAACUACGAGGUGUCGGGAGGGACGGUGCAGGAGCUGCUGGAGGCCCUCAAGCAGAUGGGCUACACGGAAGCCAUUGAUGUCAUCCAGGCGGCUUUCUACAGCUCCGGCAGGGCGACCCCCAGCUCCAGGAAGACGCCCUCGCAGACCCGCUCGCCACCUCUCUCGCCUUCCGCCACCAGGCAGCACCUAGAUGAGCUCCGGGACAACGAAAGCAUCUGUGACAGCGGCGUGGAGACCUCCUUCCACAAGCUCAGCUUCUCGGAAUCUCUGGCCGGCAGCAGCUCAGUGCUAACUCUGAACAAACUGCCCCGUGAUCAUGGGCAGCAAGGCUCGAUAGAAGGCAACGUGUAACCGGCGGCGGCGGCGGCGAUGUCGACACGGUGCAAACCAAAGCAAUUCCACUGCGUUGUCCGCGAGCAGGAACUGCAAGUGCAUCCAGAGGUGCUCAGAGGGAAGCCAGCCAGCCCGAAUCGCUCUGGAUCUCAUUCAAGAACACAUUCUAAAUGGGCUUCCUUUCUUGGUUCUUCCCUGAUCCGUAAUUCAGUUCGCUUCCAGGUAGUCCGUCUCUAGCAAGCGCAGCGCUCAGCUGGGCGGAAGCAUCGUUGGGGAGGAGAUGGCUUCGUGAGCUUUCACAAGCUGCCCCUGGAUUCCAUUUGCUUCCUGUCGUCAUCGCUGCUGCCCCCUGCUGCAUCCCCACUGUCAUUACAAGGUGUCAGAGUCCCCACGCAGAGCCCUCCCUAGCGGUCCGCAGGACAGUUGUGCAUCCAGAUUAAGGAUAAAAGGGAUAUUUUUUAAGUGGCAGUCACUCGGUGAACAAUUAAAAAGGCUUUCUGCUUUUCCCAAUGUGGUUAUCUCGGUGAUUUCGAAAAAUGUACAUGUCAAUAUUUAAACAUGGUUACAAUCAGUGCUGAAAAUGGUCUCUAUCCCUUUUCUGCAUUUUGCUAUUGUAAAUAUGUUUUUUAGAUCAAAUACUUUAAGGAGAAAUGUUGGAUUUAUAAAUGCUAUUUUUUAUUUUACUUUUAUAAUAAAAGGAAAAGCAAAUUGUUGACCUCA